UAUGUAAUCUUUUAUAUGACCUUGAAUCCUCUAACUCUAUCCUCUAAUUUUCAGUUAUUUUUGGCAUUUCUGUGCCUUAGCGGUACAGUAUUGGCAGAAAGAACAACGAAAUCAAUAUCAGAUUGCAUUCACGCCUUGAAUGCUGCCUACGGCUAUAUACCACCUGAAGUAAAAUUUUCCGUAACACCCGGAGAGACUUCGCUGAAGACAUCACCUUCUGUAUCAACUUAUACGGAAAAUGGUAAACUACAAUAUGCAUCGGUAGGCUCCUCCUCAUCUUCGUAUGAAUCAUCGGCUGGUAUAUCCGGUUAUACGCAUGGUGGCGGACCAGUGCAGGUUACAAAGUAUGUGGCACCGGUAAAGAGUAGUAAUUAUGAACCAGCUGUGACCUAUGCUAAAGGUGGUUCCAUUACUUAUGCCGAUAGAUCGCCAGCCUCAAAAUUUGCCGCCGUAGUACCAUCUGGGAUAGAAUUUAAGAAUUUGGUUACUCCCACCAUUAGUAACAAGAAAGCGAGUAAUGCCUAUUUGCCACCGGUAAAUACCAAAGUAGAAACCUAUCAAAGUCCAGGCUAUACUUAUAGUAAAUCGACUCCUGGUAUUACAAAAACAGCUACAUAUACCACCACAGGUGAUAGUUCAUUAGAUCUGAGCAAAUUUGGAGGAGAUUUAACGAAACUUGGUUUUAGUUCCCCAGCUAUAACAACAAAAAUUGAAUCAUUUACUUCACCUGGCUAUACGUUUUCCAAACAGACACCGGGUUUCUCUAAAGUCGAAACCUAUACAACGGGUGAUUAUGCUAAAGCUGGAAAUUUGGAAUCAAUAUUUUCAAGUAGUGCUUAUAAUCCAUUUGCGGGUGCAAUAAGUUAUGCGCCUAAGAUUACAUAUGGAGCGCCGACUUUAACAAAACUAUCCGCUCUAACGACUCACAGUAAUUUGGCCUCGUUUUCAGCGCAGCCCCUAUUUGCUAAAGCUUUAACACCCAGUCCUGCUGCAGUUUAUGCUCCCAGUUUGUCGAGAAGUUAUUUGCCUAGUUUGCAGACGACAGGCUAUGCUAAGGCUUUAAGUGGUGGCCUCUCACAUCAGUAUGUUUCAAAACCCGCUCCCGUUAUUACCACCCAAUAUGUUUCAGCGCCCGCUAAAGUGGCCACCUAUGCUGCACCAGUUGCCUCUCACUAUAUCUCAGCGCCUGUUAAAGUAGCCACCUAUGCAACGGGAAAUGCUCAUUUGGGACAAUAUGUAGCACCUGUAGUAGCUAAAGCACAAGCUGCUUAUGUGGCCCCUAGUGUGGCCAAGGUGUCCUCCUAUUCUGCCCCUACUUUGGUUGCCGGUUAUGCAGCACCUGCCGUGGCCAAAGUAGCAACUUAUGCGGCACCUAGUUCUGCUCACAUUACCUCUUCGGGGGGAGCAAUUUCUCAUCAAUAUGUCUCAAAGCCUGCAUCACAUAUCACUGGUUAUGCUACUCCCACUGUAGCUAAGGUGGCAACCUAUUCUGCUCCCGCCGUAGCUAAAGUUGCCACCUAUAGUGGUGGUGAUUCGCUACAUUAUUCUACUGGUGGUGGGCUUUCUCAUCAAUAUAUCACCAAACCUGCUGCUCAUGUAACAACUUAUGCAGCACCUGCACUUGCCAAAGUUGCCACAUAUUCGGGUGAAACUUCAAGCCAUUUUAGUUCAAGUGGUGGUGUUUCACAUCAAUAUGUUUCGAAACCAUCGGGUCAUAUUACGGGCUAUGCGGCACCAGCAGUGGCCAAGGUAGCCACCUAUGCAGCUCCCGCCGUAGUUAAAGUUGCCAGUUAUUCUGAAGGCAGUUCAGCGCAUUUUAGUUCCAGUGGAGGUGGUGGUGGUGCUGUAUCGCAUCAAUAUGUUUCCAAACCAGUGGGUCAUAUUACCGGCUAUGCAGCACCAGCUGUGACAAAAGUGGCCUCGUAUGCAGUCCCUGCUGUGGCUAAGGUUGCCAGUUAUUCCGAAAGCAGUUCAGGCCACUUAAGUUCCAGUGCGGGUGGUGCUCUAUCGCAUCAAUAUGUUUCGAAGCCUACAGCUCAUAUUACCGGUUAUGCUGCUCCAGCUAUAACCAAGGUUGCUAGUUAUGCCGCCCCAGUUGUGGCUGCUCCGGCUGUUGUAAAGGUUGCCAGCUAUUCGGAAGGUAGUUCAGCUCAUUUCAGUUCUAGUGGUGGUGGAGGUGGGGCGGUAUCACAUCAAUAUGUUUCAAAACCAACUGCUCAUAUUUCGGGUUACGCUGCCCCAGCUGUAGCCAAGGUUGCCACUUAUGCGGUCCCAGCUGUAACUAAAGUUGCCACAUAUGCCGCACCGGCUGUGGUUGCUAGUUAUUCAGGAGGAGGAGGGGGAGCCCAUUACAGUUCUAGUGGUGGGGGCGGCGCUGUUUCCCAUCAAUAUGUUUCGAAACCCACUGCUCAUAUAACCGGUUAUGCAACACCCACCGUAGCUAAAGUUACUCCUGUUAUUGCUGCUCCAGCAGUAGCUACCUAUGCUGCCCCAUCUGUAGUUAAGGUUGCCAGCUAUUCUGGCGGAAAUUCAGCACAUUUCAGUUCGAGUGGAGGCGGUGGUGCGGUAUCACAUCAAUAUGUUUCAAAACCGACAGCUCACAUUACUGGCUAUGCUGCGCCAGCUGUUGCCAAGGUUGCCACAUAUGCUGCCCCUGUAGUUGCCACACCAGCCGUCGCUAAAGUUGCCACCUAUGCUGCUCCGGCUGUUGUUAAGGUUGCCAGCCAUUCGGAGGGCGGUGGUGGCGCAAUAUCACAUCAAUAUGUUUCGAAACCAGCUUCUCAUAUUACAGGUUAUUCUGCGCCAGCUGUUGCCAAGGUAGCGACCUAUUCUGCUCCAGUUGUUGCUGCUCCUGCAGUUGCCAAAGUUUCCGCCUAUGCUGCCCCAGCUGUUGUUAAGGUUGCUAGCUAUUCUGAAGGUAGUUCAGGGCAUUUUAGUUCCAGUGGUGGCGGUGGAGGAGCCGUAUCGCAUCAAUAUGUUUCUAGACCAGCCACACAUAUUACUACUGGCUAUGCAGCACCAGCUGUUGCCAAAGUUGCCACCUAUGCCGCACCUGCAGUUGCUGUGCCGUCCGUUGCUAAAGAUGUAGGUUAUACCUAUGAAGCUCCAGCUGUUAAGCUGGGUUAUACCCAGGAAAGUUUAGGACACUUUAGAUCCAGUAGUGGUGGUACACAUGUUACCGGCUAUGCGGCUCCUGCUGUAACUAAAGUGGCCGCUCCCGCCGUAGUUAAGUUAGCCAGCUAUUCGGGAGAAAGUUCUGCCCAUUACAGUGGUGGUGGCGCUGUAUCUCAUCAGUAUGUUUCAAAACCUGCAACACAUAUAACCGGUUAUGCCGGCCCCGCAGUUACCAAGGUAGCCACCUAUUCAGCUGCUCCUGAUAUUGCCAAACCUUCUAAUACCCUAAGCGCUCCAGUCGUUUCAAAAGUUGCCACCUAUCAAACACCAGCAGUAGUUAAAGUAUCCUCAUAUUCCGGGGGCGAAAGUUUAAGCCACUACGUUUCGGGUGGUGUUGGUGGUGGUGCGCAUGGUGCCGUUUCCCAUCAAUAUGUUUCCAAACAAGCUCCUCAAUCAAUAGCUUAUGCAGCUCCUGCUCCAGCUAAGGUAGUGUCCUUUGCUGCUCCCGCUGUAGUAGCAGCACCUGCUGCCGUUAAAGUUGCUUCUGCCCAUUAUACUUCCUCUUCGGGUGGUGCCGUUUCUCAUCAAUACGUUUCCAAACCCGCCACCCACAUUUCAGGCUAUGGUGCUCCCGCUAUAGCUAAGCUAGCUACCAUAACAACACCUACUCUAACCCAAUAUGUUUCAGCCCCUGCUGUAACCAAAGUAGCCUCCUAUAGCGGGGAAAGUUCUCUAAAGUUAACCUCUUCCGGAGGUGGCGCUCUAUCACAUCAAUAUGUUUCCAAACCAGCCGGACAUAUAACAGCAUAUGCGGCCCCGGCAGUGUCCAAAGUUGCCACUUAUGUUGAGCCCCAAUUGGUAUCAAAACCAGCGCUACAGUUAACCGGUUAUGCUGGUCCAGCAAUAGCUAAAGUAGCCACUUAUUCUGGUCAUUCGGCUACUCAUAUUUCCUCGGGUGGUGGCGGUGCUGUUUCACAUCAAUAUGUCUCCCAACCUGGGUCAGCCAUUACUAAAGUAGCCUCCUUUAGCUCACCAGCAGUAGCGCACAUAGCUAGCCAACCUUCUGUAGCCAAGGUUUCAGCUUAUCAACCCAUUGCUACUAUUGGUAAAUAUGAGACCAGUGCUGGUGGAGCCGUAUCUCAUCAAUAUGUUUCAAAAGCAACACCACAUGUUUCGGUUUUAGCCGCUCCCACAGUAGCUAAAGUGGCCACCUAUAGCACCCCAGCUCUAAGCCAUUAUGCUGCCCAGCCGGCCAUUGCUAAAGUUGCCACCUACUCUGCUCCAUCAUUAAGACAUUACUCCAGCGGCCCGUCUAUAGGCAAACUAGCAACAAUUUCUUCUAGCUCCCACAGUUCCGGAGCAAUAUCACAUCAAUAUGUUUCUAAACCAGCCUUAGGCGGUUAUGCAGCUCAUGCUUAUGCUCAAUAUGCUACCGGACCCGCUUCAUACUCCUACGGCUCUUUACAUACACCCCAUGUCAAUCCUCUCUUUACCAGUUCCAGUAUUGCUCGUUAUGGCUCCAGUGGCGCAGUAUCACAGCAAUAUUUAGCCAAACCUGUACAGUUAAGUGGCAAGCUAUCUGGUUACACUACGGGACCAGUUUUAGGCAAAGUAGUUUCACAAGGUGAAGGUGCAGUGUCACAUCAGUAUGUCUCUAAACCAGCGGUGGCUACAACAUUGGUCUCCGGACCCGCACACGCUAAAUUAACUUAUGGUACCAAAUUAAUCUCCUCCUCAGGAGGUCUUGGUACGCAUCAACUACUUACCCAACCUUUACAACCUGUACAGCUAACAGCACCCGCUAAGCUUUCUGUAUCUUCUUUGCACGGUUCUGCAAUACAUGGUUCGACCGGUCAUGGAGGAGCAAUAUCACAUCAAUAUGUCUCGAAACCUGUGCAAGGUAUUGCUGUAGCUAAAACUGCCUCAAUAGCGGCUCCUCUAGUGGUAGGUGGUUCCAGUGGUAAAUAUUCAGCUCUAAGUUCUGAUUAUAUUACAAGCGGUAUUGGUGCUCAUGGGGCAGCCGGCCAUUUAGUGGCCAAACCUUUGGCAGCUCCCGCUCUACAUUUAACAAGUGGUCAUGGUGCUGCCUAUUCCUCACAACAUGUAGCCGGACAUGGUCUGGGUCUAGGUCUAACGAAUCUACAUGGUGGCUCUUUAGGUGGUGGUCACCAGGGUAUAGUGGGUGGUUACUAUGGUGCCAUUUCUUUGGGUCAUGGUGGCACCUCUCCUGCCAUAACCGGCUAUCAAGGCGUUUUAGGUUUAGCGACCCACGGACGAGGUCAUACUCUAACUGCUCCUUUAGGCUCUUCUAUUCAUGGCCUUAAAGGCAUCUCCGCCUCUUCAAUACAUACAGGUCAUGGUGGUUUACCUUUGGGUUCAUUAGGUCCCCUGGGUCCUUUGGCUGGCUAUCAACAUGGUGUAGGUGGUAUAGGUCCAUUGGGUGCUAAUUUCUAUCGUUAUGCUCCAGCUGUACCCGCCCUCCGUUCACAUACCUUAACACCGGCAGCCUUUUUGAGAAAUACACCCAUUAUAAAGCCCGCCAAAAUUAAAUUGAUGACUGAACAGCAUUUAGAAUAUUUUAAUGAUCAUCCCCGCUAUGCAUUCGAAUAUGGCGUCAAUGAUCCCACAACCGGUGAUAUAAAACAUCAGCGUGAAGAACGUGAUGGUGAUGUAGUGAGAGGUGAAUAUUCCCUAGUGGAACCAGAUGGUAAUGUGCGCACUGUAAAAUACUAUGCCGAUUGGGAAACGGGUUUCCAUGCUCAAGUAAUAAAUAGUCGAGAUGCCGUAAAGACUCUUACUAAACGUACUGCCAGUAAAUCAUAAAUUAAGUAGUCACCUUUAGAUUCUCAAUUAUAUAUUUUCUUUUCUUUAGCCAUAGUAAAUGUCUCUGUCAUUAAUGCCAUGGAGGAUUUUAGAAAAAGACAAAAUAAAAUCUUUUGCUAAACAGCUGUUUUGCUGUUAUGAAC